AUGCCUCUGCCCGAUCCACAAAGCUAUACUGCGGGUCCUUCUCGUACGCAAGAUUCUGCAAUCAAAAUUGGUAAUCGGGCGCUCUUUCCUCAAACAGAACUCAUCCUCACGACUGUACGGUCGAUUCUGAUCGACACUUCAGGUCCUAUCAUACCAAGACCAGCCAGAAAGAUCCCGCGGCAUAUUGUUGUCCUCAUUUGUAUGGCACUUAUGUUCCUCCAACGGAUUGUCAAUAUCGCAGUUUCUUUACACGUUCUUAAUGUUACAAAUGGACUUUCCAACAACUGA